AUGUGCGACGACUUGGAGCUGGGCCUUCGAGAGUGUGCCGCCAAGGUGGUCGAAGAGCCCUUCGAGCAGGCGGCCCGUCCCGCCGACGCCUUCCGGCUGGGAAACCACCCGGCCUUUCGCGGGAUAGGCGGCACCGGCGCCGGCGGGGCCGGGGAAGACGGGGACUACAACGAGGCAGCGGGGAUAGCGGAGGCCGAGGCUGCGGAGGUCGCCCGGCGAGAGCAAGAAGCGCUCAUCGUCAAGGACAACGCACGGUUCCCACACAACCUCAUCACGGCCAAGCGGAAGAACCGGCGCACCCAAGGUUCCGCCGCGCCCCCCGCUCCCGACGUCAACGAUGAGGGCGCCUUCCCGGACAUCAACUUCGCCUCCAGCGCCGCCGUGCAGCAGCAGUCCAGGAGGGCGGCAAAGGGGGGAGGGCGCAGCUGGGGGUGGGGGGGGUCAGGUACCACCGGGCCCUUCCCAAGGAGGCGGGCGGGCUGAUGGGGGGGGGGGGGAGCACCCCGGGGGGGGGAGCGAUGAGGGUGGUUGGGAUGGACAGGGGCGCAUCGAGGAGGCUCAGAUUGUUAGUGGAAGACCAUUGACCUCGCAUCCCUACAAAGCCGGGACGGAGCACGCCGGGUUCUC